AUGUUAAUAGAAAAAUAUGACAAAAAACCAAAGUUCGAGAUAGGAUUUUCUCCGUUUUAUUUCAUAUCUUAUCCUUUAUAUAAUUGCAGAAGCAUAUUAUAUAAAUAUUUAAAUUCUUACAAUGAAGAAGUUAAAUAUAAUCUGUUAAUUAAUGUUAACAAUUUAAAUGUAAAAACGUACGUUAUUUACAUUGUUAACAGCUUAUAUCAGAUUUACAACGAUGAAGGUGUAAAAGGACUGUACAAAGGGCUAUUGCCCAUGCUUGCCCAUAUAAUAUCAAAAAAGUCUAUUUACUACCUCCUGGAAUAUAUACAUUUCGUUAUAUUAAAAAGAAUGAGAAAAAAGAAAAAAAAAGAUAUGUAUGAUGAUAAAAAAGUAGUACCAAAUUACGAAAACAGUUUCGUAAAUGAAAGAGAUAACGUAAGUAAUUUUAUUGGAGAUAGCAUAAACUGCAAAAUUGUGAAACAUAUGAAUUUUGUUAAGGAGGAAAAUAAUUUUAUUAAAAAAAAAAAGAAAAAAAAAUUUUUCAAUUUAUCAUUUUAUCAUGGCCUAUAUGAAUAUAUAAGUUGCAUCUUAUCCUAUCCUCUAUUGAACAUAUCAACAAAAUUAAUCAUUUUUCAAAAUAAUUCCAAAUCCCUAAUUUACAACCUGAAACACAUCACUCAUUUGACAUAUGCGUAUGACGGAUUUUACGGCUUUUUCAAAGGAUUAAACAACUACUUAAUAAUUCAGACAAUGGACAAAGUAUUAAAUUGUUUUCUAUACAAAUCAUUUUCGAGCAACUGCCCAUUUGAUAAGGUCCUUACCAUUAAAGUAGUUUUGUCAACAUGCUUAAAUACGAUUGUGGCUCCCUAUAUUCAGUAUGCCAUUUUGAACAGAUCACAGUCCCUUGGCCUGUGUAAAGAUAUAACAUUCAGUCAGUUUUUUUAUAAUUUUCACUGGAAAGGUCAUUUGUCGAACGUGUCCGCUGGCUUGGCGGUAGCUGGAAUUCAGUUAAUAAUCAUCGCUCUACUACCAAAAGACACCCCAAAAAAUGGAGAAGUAGUUGAUAAAGAAGAAAAGGAUGAAUAUGUUUAA